CGUAGCACGGUCCUAGCGCAGUGACUUGUGCCUAUCACAGCCCCGGACAAGACAGCGGAAUAAACCAAGGGUCCGAAAACUGGAUCCGGAGAAAACCGAUCUACCUCACUAACGGCAACCCGGAAAUAUGCCGAGCCCGACAGAUUUCGGUACUUCGAAGAGCGCCGAUCCUCCUGGGGAACCUGGGGUAAGAUGAAGUCAUAUAUAACAUUUCCCCAAACUCGACUGCUGCUGGGACUUACAAAUCAUGCCUACCAAGUUGUCAUCAUACAUAGUCUUCACAUGAUCUCCCUCCAAUCACAUUUCAUCUUUCUCUUCAUCUCACACCUAUAAACCAACUUCACUACUAUGGCAAAUACCAUCUUAUCAGUCAACGCUGCUGCUGCUCCUGGAGUUGGCUUUGGGAAUCGCUUCAGCGGCCGAGACCUAGUCAAGCCAGCCUCUGACGAGAAGACCAUACCUUCCUCUACUUCAACCUCCCUACCUCCCGUCCAUCUCGAUGAUGGCGGCAGCAGCAAGAAAAAGUCGCCUCGCACACCCUGGGACUCGGCGAACACCCGCUGGUGGGUGAUGGCUGGCCUCUCCUUCCUCGUCGCAGCCUACGCCAUCUACUUCAUCUUCGGCCCACCGGUGGGCAACCCCAUGGUGAAGCAGCGAAUGCUGUCCAGACCUGUGGGGAGAUGCCAUGUUCUAGGCUCCCUAAUAGCCAUGGGGCUGGGCCCCUUCCAAUUCUUGGAUAGUCUGCGACGCAAGUACCCCGAGAUCCAUCGAUGGAUUGGGCGGAUCUACGUUGUGGCUCUCUACACAGGAUCCAUUAGCGGGUUCUCCGUCACAUUCAUCAGCUUCGCUAACCCCAUUGGAAAGUGGGGGUUUGCCGCUUUGGCAUUGGCGUGGUUUAUCACUGUAACCUACGGCAUGCUCACGAUAUGGAACGGCGACAUCAAGAGCCAUCGAGAAUGGAUGCUGAGGAACUUUUCUCUCACCUACGCCGCGGUCAUGCUACGCUGGCAGAUCGUGCUGUUUAUCGCUUGCGGCAUGGAUAACGUGGUAUCUCUAUCGCUCUGUGGGUACACUUGCUGGAUCCCGAACCUCAUCUUCAUCGAGUGGUGGAUUCAAAACCCUGUUCAGGCAAAGGGUGGCUAGUUGUAAAUGCAGAUACCAAAGUUAGAUACCUCAGGCUAGCUUGCAUUCCGCUCUUUAAUAUACCGAAGAUACCUAUUUUGUUAACCUUACUCUCAUGCACAGAUGUGGUGUUCCAGUAGACCGUAUCUUUGAUUCCAACAUGAUCAACUUCAUCACAGGACUAAGC